CUGAUUUUGAUGCUAAUAUCAAGAAGUUUUCGUUUAUAAUAUGUAAAAAUUCAAUCAUGGCCGAAAAUUGUUCACACUAAAUGUGCAUUGAUGAAGUGUAUUCAUUUCUAUGACAUGUGUUAGUAAUAGACUGUGCUUGGUAAAGCCCACGCUCAAAAAGCACAUCGGGUUCAGGUCUCUCGAGAAUACUUCCUACUGUGAGAGUUAAAUCUGUAGUGUACAAGAUAUCAGUAGACCUUUGAAGAUGAUUGUCACGAAAUUUAUAUCAAUGCUGUUCAUCAGCUACUGGUGUUUUGCAGAAAAAGACUCAAACAAAGUUUCAUCAGACGAAGAUUCGUGCCAACGGGAUGAUCCGAACUGUCAGGAGUUUGUCUUCAAAUCGCUGGAAGAUUUGGAAGAACGUUUCAAGAAAGGCGGAGAUGUUCAGAAAUUUAUAUCGCAAUAUGCAACUGGUGAAUCUGUCGACUCGAGUAGUGUCUGUGAAAAUAUAGGUUACGGACCAACAGUCAUUACAGAAUCUGCAUCAGCCGUUACAGAAAGUAAAGGUCCAGUGACAACCCCAAACCAAUUACUAGAAGACAUAUCGACUCCAGACACCUCAGCAGGUGUAGUUACCUCGGACAAAGACAAGCACAAAGCCAGAUGCAACAAUAACAUACUAACGUUAAACUGCACAAAUGCCAAAAUUCGGAAUAUCUAUAUGUCUAUAGAGAAAACUCCGUAUAUGGAAAAGGCAGAAGAGUGUUGUAACGGAAAGCAGAGCUGUCGUAUCGAAACAAAUAUCAACGAGGGAAACAUUUGUUCCUCCUGGAAUGAAGAAUUAUGGAUCAAAUACGAAUGUGACGAAGAUAAGAUGCGAUACAAAAGAUCUAAAAAAAGUAACGGAAAAAAAGGAAAAGCGGAAAAAGGGAAACAUUUUUCCUCUGGUACUAUUUGCACCGCUACAAGUGGGUCUGACACAAGUGGAUCAAGUUCCUGACAACUAAGAUAAGAAGCUAAUAAAUGCCUAUUUAACGCCCUACUCAACGCGAACGUGAGCAUAUACAAUUAAUAAUUCACAGAACAAUUAUAAAUUAUAUAACAAUAAAGACACAAGUGGAUCAAGUUCCUGACAACUAAGAUAAGAAGCCAAUGAAUGCCUAUUUAACGCCCUUACACGACGUUAACGUGAGCAUAUACAAUUUAUAAUUUACAGAACAAUUAUAAAUUGUAUAACAAUAAAACAAAUUGUAAACGAUUUUGCCAACAUUAACCAGGGAGAGGUAUUUACAACUGGGAUUUCUGUACUAAACUUAAGCAUGGAAUAAAUAAUUUGAGGCGCAUCAUUUGUGUAAUACAUAUGGUUCAGAAAACUGGACAUUGCGAACAAUUCUUCGACAUUGGAUUUUAACAUAAAAAUAUGUUAUUGGUCAGCUUUGGUAAUUUUUUGAGCCUGUGGUUAACUCUCCGAUAAGAUGACGCACACAAAAGAAUAUAGAACGAUUGUCUUUCUCGCUGUACCAUGGCCGGCUAAGAAGAAAAAUAGUGUAUGUUUUGCGAUAAACUGUGCUGCACACUUCCGAAUUAUAUAUAUAUAAAUAUGUUUAUAUUACACUUUCUUCCGUCAUGUGCGAACCAUUGUUCUGCGUUUUCAUUUUCCCUGCAUUUACAAUUCUGUCUAACAUAAUAUAUCGAAUUAACCCAUUAUUCACACGUGAAGUACCUUUUUCAUUUUAUAGGUCAAACAGCUUCUUUGUAUGAUAUGUUCUUGCGUAUUUUUAUUAUAUUACGCAUAUACGAGUAAGGCUAAAAAGAAACGGGACUGACGUCACAGAUUGCGCAACACGAUUAACCAUCGGUAAUCAACACUUUUGCAGUGUGGCGUAAUAUGUGUUCUUUGCUUAACAGCUGUUUUGACACAAUAUCGCAAUUAUUUUUGCUUUUCAGGAACCAUAAGUGAAUGUGAUUAAUGUCUUGUUGAAAAAAAUGCUGUGCAAGGUCUGAUGGAGUGGCC